UAUAAAUUUAGUAAACAGCGUUUAAUAUUUUUUAGGGGAGCACGGUGAAUGUAGACAAUUUUGAAAACAGGGGCAAAAUGUUAACUGUACGAUUGGAGAGGAUGGAUGAGGGGAACGUGAUGGAUGAUGGUAGAGGGGAGGAUAACAAUUUAGGACAACAGAGGGGGGAAAUUGCCAGCGGGCGGUCGAUUGAAGUUGUGAACCUGAUCGGGGAAAUACGAACUGAGGAGGCCAGUAAUGUAAGUUUGCGUCCUGGCGGAAAACUUCAACCGAAUCUAAUUAUCCAAUUAGAUAGGUUGAACUUGGUUGCUUUAAAUAAUGUCAUCAACGACAAUCGACAAAAUACUGACAAUGUAGUUGAAGGGCGACAAGCUAUUCAAACUGUUGCAAAUCAGGCUGCGCGACGCCACGCUUUAAUACCUAUAAAACGCACCUACAAUAUCGCUUAUACCGUGGGAAAUCAAGAACAAGCAGAGGAGGUUAUUCAAAUGGAUCGAUGCGGAACUUUUUCGCAUAUAUGUCCGUUUUGCAAAAGUCUAUUUUUCUCGCGCGAAUUGAAGAGAGCCAUGGGACAUUUCAAUACCGCGUAUUUGAACUGUUGCGACAAGGGAGAUAUACGCGUUCAACUUCUAAAUCGUUGUCCGGCAUAUUUGAAAAACCUUCUUAUCCAAGAGGGUUAUUCACAGUUUCGUGAGAAUAUCCGUCUUGCGAAUUCGCUUUUCGCCAUGGCCUCUUUUAAAACGUCUGUUCCGUAUACGGCUAACCCACUCGGUGAACAAGCUCACUGGUGUUUUACUGUCUGCGGUCAGGUUUAUCAUCACGCCAACGAUAUUCCUAUCGGUGAAAUCACGGCCGAUCGAUUGCUGAGACACAAUCAAUAUUAUUUUAUCGAUUGUGCUGAAGCAAUUGAACGUCGUUGUCAGUUUACUGACAACCGCGUGCCAGACGACAUUAUUAGGAACGUCGAAAUCAUGCUGCGUAGGGACAACGAGCUAAUCCGGGCUUACGUAAAAAUGGGAGAGGUGAUUUCGAGAAUGUCACAACGAAAUGAGCCGUUAGAUAACUUGGUAAUAGGGUUUCGGGACAAUAUUAAUGAAGUGCGUCGACAGUACGCUUUACCUGAAAGUAGUUCCGAAAUCGCGGCUGUCUUUGUGGGUGAGGUACCUAGAGAGGUCAAUCUGAAGAUUUAUCCUCGUCGCGAUGGCGUACCGCAUCAAAAUGAAAUCAAAAAUCUCAACUGUUUCGCGGACCCCAUGGUUUAUCCUUUACUGUUUCCUUACGGCGACAGGGGAUAUAAUACUGGCAUGCCGCGAUUAAGUAAUCCUCGGAAGACGAUUACUUUCAGUGAAUUUUACAGAUUCAGGAUGAUGUGUCGAGACCAUUUUUCGAUCAUUCACAACGCAGGAAAACUCUUCCAACAGUAUAUUGUUGAUGUGUGGCUUAAAAUCGAAGCCAAUAGGCUUUGGUAUUACGUAACACAUCAACAAUAUCAGAGAUCGGCCUCGUACGCGUCCAUUUUAAGUAUGAUCCGUCGCCGAGCCCAGGAGGAGAACUGUCGAGUGGGGAAGAUAGUUAUUCUACCUUCCUCCUAUUCCGGUUCAGCUCGCAGUCAAAACCGACUGUAUUUGGACGCCAUGAGCGUAGUUGCAAGAUGCGGUAAACCGGAUCUUUUUAUCACUUUUACAUGUAAUCCACAUUGGGACGAGAUUCGUCUAAAUCUGGAUUACAAACAAAAGUGGCAAAACCGACCGGAUUUAGUGGUGAGAGUGUUUCAGAAUAAAUUACGCGAGUUUAUCGACGACAUCGUAGAUAAACAAGUUUUCGGCAUCAUUACCUAUUUUUUUUAUGUCGUAGAAUUCCAAAAACGGGGGCUUCCGCAUGCCCACAUUAUGGUCUGUUUCCGGCCAGAAGAUAAGGUGGAUACGAUUGCCAAAGUCGAUCGCGUGAUAUCGGCCCGAAUACCGGAUCCGGUGCUCGAACCGAUAUUAUACGCGGUCGUCUCUGACAAUCAAAUUCAUCGUAUCUGCGGCAGAGACAAUCCAGGUGCGACUUGUAUGCGGGAGGGCGUGUGUUCGAAAUUCUACCCAAAAGCUCUCUGCGAGACCUCUUCGUUUCCGAUAAACGGGAUACCCAUUUAUCGGCGACCGGACGAUGGUCGAACAACCACUAUCGACGGCAAAAUUUAUAAUAACAGUCGAAUCGUGCCUUACAACCGAUACGCCGCCCUCAAGUACCGGUGUCAUAUCAACUUUGAAGUGUGCGGGUCUUUAUCCUCCAUGAAGUACCUCUUUAAAUACGUGCAUAAAGAAGUUGAUAGCGUCACCAUUAAAGUGCACGGGGGAAGUCGCGUAGCGGAAUGGAACGAAAUCCGCAAUUACCAAGACUGCAGGUACAUGAGCUCAAUGGAAGCGGCUUGGAGGCUGUUCGAAUUCCCAUUGACUCGAAGGUCCCAUUCGGUCGUGUGUCUACCAGUUCAUUUGCCUCUGGAACAGGAUAUCAUUUUUGAUCCAGAUUUGGAUGAACUCGACGAACAAUUUUUAGCCCGUCGGUCUAAACUGAUGGCAUAUUUCGAUCUAAAUGUGACAUCGGUUGAGGCUCGUCAGUACAAAUAUGUCGAUAUUCCGGAACAUUUUGUCUGGCAGACCCGGAACGCAUCUUGGGUCGCGCGCACCGGGAGACGGACUAAAGUUGUUGGUGCAAUUUGCGAGGUGUCCCCUACUAACGUCGAACAGUUUCACCUAAGGCUCUUACUGCAGCACGUCCGAGGAGCCAUCAGCUUCGAUUCCUUAAGGUCUGUCGACGGUGUCCUAUGUGAGACAUUUCAGGAGGCGUGCCGCAAAUUGAGACUACUGCAUGAUGGCACCGUUUAUCGAUCGACAAUGUCAGAUGCGGCUCUUCACAUGCCUCCAUACCGUUUACGGCGCUUCUUCGGCUUAUUGUGUCUCGUAUGUAUUGACGACACGUACGGGGCACAGUUGCCGUUUUUGUGGCAGGAGUUUAGGGAGCCUCAUCUGAUCGCGGAUUUGAUAGGUCAAGGUUUUUCCCGAUCCGCAGCAAUCCGGAAAGCUAUGGAUGUGAUCGAACGUGUAAUCAUAGCCAACCGAGAUGAUCUCACGCUCGAUCUAAUCGGUAUAAGCGAUAUUGAAGCUGCGUCCAGAGACGAAGCUGACGCUGCGCGACCGGAUCGACAACUUUUAGACAACGAAAACGAUGUAGACGAGCGAGAUUUGCGCCAAUGUACCGAAGCAGAAUACGGAAUUUCCAAAUUAAACGCGGAUCAAUUGACCGUGUAUCAGGACGUGGUGUUUCGUGUUCUGGCUUUGAACGGAUGGCUUAAUAAUCAGGAAAUUUUAACACAUUUUGAGAUAGAAGAUUACGUGUGGACACGGUUGUUCGCGUCCCUAGAACAAUCGUCUAAUAACAACGAACACGUUCUCGCCUAUCUCAGAGAUCCGACUCAACGUCUAUCGGCCAAAAUCGUCGACAAGAACUUACUGUUCGUAGACGGUCCGGGAGGCACCGGCAAGACCUUCCUCUUUAAUGCCAUCAUUUCCAAGUUUAAAAGCAGUCCCGUACCGAUUCCGGUUCUCGCGGUAGCUUGGACCGGAAUCGCCGCUUCCUUAAUGAUUGAGGGCAAAACGUGCCAUCGUGCAUUCCGUUUGCCCUUGAACAUUGAGGGGACGACUACCGUUGGCUGGCCCGUCGAGCACGAUAAAUCGCACACGAUUUCUCGUGUGCGAUUGAUCGUGUGGGACGAGAUCAGUAUGGCAUCGAAACAUGCCAUGCAAUCAGUCGAUAGGUAUUUGCGUGAUUUGCCGGACGACUUGACCAAUUUGUCGUACUUGCCAUUCGGGGGCAAAGUAGUACUAUUCGGGGGCGAUUUCAGGCAAACUUUACCCAUAAUCACAAGGGGCGAACGCGGAUCCGUUUUUAACAAUUCGGUGAAAGCGUCUCCUUUGUGGCGGCAGGUGCAUUGCCAAGCGUUGAAAAUUAACUUGCGUGCGAUUAAUAGCGGAUCGGAGCGCGCUCAAGCUUACGCCGACUGGUUGUUGAGUAUGGGCGAGGGUCGAUUACCCGCGGUGUCUAUACGGGCGCCGAACGCUCCAAACGAUCUGGUAAUGAUUAACGGCAAUAUAAUUGUCAAUAAUAUCGCCCAUCUGAUAGACUAUGUGUACGACACGGAUGCUCUAAGUCGUCGACACAACAGCGUAGAAGAACGUCUCGAAUUAGGUAAUCACGCGAUUUUGUGCCCGACAAAUGGUGGCGUAGAUGAUAUUAACGAAAUUUUAUUGAAUAAAUUGAGAGGAGAAACGUUCUACUAUUACUCGUGUGACGAAUACCUAGGUGAAGACGGGGACGAUUUUCACGUGCCCGCGGAUUUAUUACAUUCAGUAAAAGCAUCCAAUUUGCCGCCUCACGAAUUGAAAGUGAAAGUUGGAGCUGUUGUCAUGUUACUACGCAACCUGGAUCUGGGCACCGGAUUAUGUAACGGCUGUCGAUUCGUCGUUAGCGCCUGCCACAAAGAAGUGCUCGAACUGUUGGCCAUCACUGGCGUUCGUCGCGGUACAACGGUGAUGGUGCCGCGCGUAUUAAUACGUGCCACGGUGCCAGCACUACCCCGAGGUAUUAAGCGAUUGCAAUUUCCCGUUCGACUGGCCUUCGCGAUGACCAUAAAUAAGAGUCAGGGCCAGACAUUGAAACGGGUUGGUUUGCACUUGCCUACGCCCUGCUUUGCCCACGGGCAACUAUAUGUGGCUUUUUCUCGGGUCGGAGCUCCAGAAGCCAUGCGUGUCAAUAUUGACAACAGUACGGUACAAGGAGCUUUUAACAUCCGUCGCCAAGGUGGGGCGAAGUUAACGAGAAAUGUGGUCAUUAAAGACAUGUUUCAAACAGCUGCCGUACGCGAGGCGCAAGAAAUUACCGAGGCCGUUAACGCCAUCUACGAAGAGAGACUUUUCAACGGUCUCGACGCGGAUAAUAUGAUCGAAGGUGAAACAGUCGAGCCUUUACAGCGGCACACUAUACCAACAACUCCACCGACAAGCCCAAAAAGAACACGACAACAAUCGCUACACAAUAAUACACCAUCAUGCCGAAGGCCAAAUCUCGGCGGCAUAAUUAUCAAUACACCACCGACACGAUCUCAAUCACAAUACACACUAUCGCCGCCUUCCCCUCCGGAACGACCACCAAUAGACAAUCCAGAUCUACCGCGGAUGUCUAUCAAUCAAUUGGAGGCUCGAGUGUCGGUCUUUGAUAGACCCGGAACGUCUAGAAAUCAUUUCUAUGACUGA